UACCGAAGCUAAUUUUGCUGUCAGCUUUCGAUAGAGUCUAUAUUGACUAUUCGCAGGUAGACCCUAGAUUGGCUUGAUUUAUUCGGCUUCUUCCCCUUAAUUAGCUGCCAUUCGUCGCUGCAUGAGUUAUGCCGAUACAAUUUUUAGGAUGUAUUGGUAUAUUUGAAGGAAUAAUCGAUUUAAAAAAAUUAUCUUAAUCAAAUUAGUCAUUAAAGUAUACAUUUAAUUGAUAGUUGUUCCCAACUAACAAUUUUGUGAACAAAUUUCAUGGAUUCGCGUAAAAAAAAUUUCAAUUUGGAUUAGAGAAAAUUUUCGAAUAUGGAAGAUGAAACUCACGAUAAGAAAAACACAAAUUUUUUAAUUUUUCCAUGGGCAAUGGCGUUCACACGAAGCUUACAUUAAGGCUGAAUAAAGCAUUAAGAAAAGUCGUAGAAAUUGGACAAUAGGUUUACUAUAUAGUUUUGUGCAUAACAUAUCUUGACAAUCCUAUGUUAUGUUGUGGAAUUGGAUUAAAACCACGCCACGUCCCAUGUAUCAAAAUUUUAAAUUUGAUGUAAUUCUUUAAUUUUACAACAUAUAAAUUAAGCACCAAUGAAGAUAUCGGAAUAAAGCUUUGCACAAACAAAGCUUUUAAGUUAUAAUAUCGGUUAGUCUGUGACAUAUAUUGUUUUGCUUUUAGAUGGCGAUAUAAUGAAUACGAUUAUUCUAGCUCUAAAUUUUGAGUUAUUUAUAUAAAUUUAAGUGAAAAUAUGUAUAUUCUCAAUAUUUGUUCUCGUCUAUACUUUAGUUUAUUUGCGAAAGUAAAUGAUAUCAGCUCAGACCUUCUGCUAGUUUCAAUAUACCCAAUAUAGUGAUAUCCAACUUACUUAAAAUUGUUUUCGUUGACCGUUAUGUCGAUAUUAUGAAAUUAAGAAAUUGGGAUUUAAUGAAUUGUAGUUAAAAAAAAACUGCAAAAAGCAGUUGAAGAAUGAAUCGACUUUUGGCCUUUGUUUGUCUUAUUCCAUCUGUUGGAAUGGAGGAUUAAUUAUCUCUAUUAAAUAGAUAUGCUGAACACAAAAUUCCUAAAUGAAGCUUAAACUUUUAAAAUUAUUUACAACUUUAUUUUCUUUUAGAAAGCAACAUAUUAAAUUUAUAUAAGUAAUAAUAAUUUAAUUUUUUUUUUUGCAAUAUCAUUCAUGUAAUCAGCCAUUGAAUAAAAAUAUAAAGGAACAAAUUAAGAAGAGAAAAACACAUUUUUGUACUUUCACUUUUAACACACACGCCAAUUGAAGCAUUUCGUAUGGCGGUUAAUUAUGUGGCUUGAAUUUGAGCUUGAGUCAACGUAAGCACUUAUCUCACAGAAAUAGUGUAUCUGAUAUGCUUGAAAAUUUUGUUUAUUGUUUUCUCAAAAAUGUCGUCCAAUGUACUGCAUAUUAUUAAGCCGCAACGUUGAAAAUUGGACAUACACAAGAUAUUUUUGCAGUAGUUUUCUCGGAUUUCUAGUGGCUACUGUGUUAUGGUCCUUACUUCUGCUUAGUUUCCAAUUUUCUUUGGAAAUGAAGAUCGUGACAUUGGGGAUAAUCAUUACUUUGGUUGGAAUCGGAUUUUUAUUUACUUCGAGUUUAAAGUGUAUUACUUUUUUAAUAUUUAUGGGAAUGGCAGGAAAAUCUGGACGGAGUUAUUUGCGAGCUCUGAGUUUCGCCUACAUAAUUACAGGUCCUAUAACAAAUUUGGCUGCAAAUGGUGGAGAAGUUGUCCGAGUAUUUGCAUGUGCCACAACGCUUACAUACAAUUUGACCAAGACCCGAUUAGAUCUUAUGACAAAACCAUUUCAAAAAACAUUAUCUUCGAUGGAAAAUGAUUUAAUUGGUGUAGAAAAGUCGUUUGAAAAGAUGAAUGAAAUCCUUUUACCAAUUCGCGUCGAAGUUGAUGGAGCCGAUUAUCAUUCAUAUGAUCAUUUAUCUCUUCGUAAAGCGGAAAAUAUGGAACAACAUGUACAAAAGACGUAUACAAAAAAAUUUAAAGUUCGUUGUAAAAGGCAGGUAGUAAAAGGGAAAAAACGCUGCCGUGAAGCAUUUGCCAAAGCUCACACAGAAUGUGCGAACAAGUUUCCCCGCAUAGUUCGAACUUUGUUGUGUUGGCCUUUCCAAGUGGAUUUUAUAUGUUACAUGAAUUUAUUGGGAAACCCAGACAAUAUUUGUAAACCAAAUGAAGUGCUGCCAGUCAAUUUUGGAGAUAACUAUGCUCAAUUGGAUUAUGCACUAAAUACACUUUACAGAAAUACCUCACAAGUGGAGUUGAAAUACAAAGUAAAAUCAGCAAUUCCAUAUGCUGACGUGAGGACUGCUGAUCACAUAGCUGAUAUGGUUGUAGACGAAUUUAAUGCCAAGAAGAAAAUAUUUGAUGUAAUAAUGCAGAUUACAAAUAUUUUCUUAUCACUCCUUGUCUUUAAGGUUAUAAUCGCCGCUAUAGUAUAUCAUAAAAAGUACUUAAGCAACAUAGAUUUUGAUAAUGUGUAUGUAACGAAAUACUUUCGCCAAGUUGAUGACCGCCGAAAACGCAAUAAAAAACCAACAAUAUUACCAUUAACCAAGUUGGAAAAAAACGAUGUGGUGGACCUAGAGUGUGCAUGCCAACGAACUGAAAAAGAAUCGAAGAUCAUUCUUUUCUAUUUUAUACAAUUCUCAUUGGAAAUCUUAACCGCAUGCUUCUUCUUAAUGCUUGACCAUUUGACUGUUACGUUACUCAAUAUAAUACGACUCAAAUCUCUUAUUACUUAUGCACAGGAAGGAGAACACAAAAUUAAUUGUCAGCUAAUACAACUAGUGUCCAACCAGAGAACUUAAAACAACGAGAAGGUGCAGGUUCGACAGCGAACAAUUUAUAGGAUUUUAUC